GGCGUUCGGGCGGCGCGAUCGCGGUUGCCACGCCUCCGCGCCAGCGCUCGGCCUGCGGCGGGGCCCCGCUGGACGAUGCGGUCCCGCGGUUGCCCGGCGUGCGCCCGGCCGAGCGCUGCUGGGUGCACCUCUCGGAGGACGACGUGCCCCCGGACCCCCCCGUGGGCGACGGUUACGCGGGUGGGGCUGCUGCUGGGUCGCCCCGCGCAGCCGCCCGCCCCUGCGCUGAGGCGGCGCGGCCUCCGGCCCUCCACGAGGGCGACGGUUCUGAGGGCGACGGUGUGGAGCGCGACGGAAUCUCCAGGGAGGAUUUCGUGCAGGAGCUGCGGGAUGGCCUGGCCAGCUCGGGGUGGGCGGCAGCGCGCGCGCCGGCGCCGGCGCUUCGCGUCGCCAUUCGCGGUUUGGGCUUCCGCGAGGCGUGUGCCCAGCUCGAGGAGGCCGCCUCGGUCCCCGAUGCGCUGGGCCGCCGGCGGGUCGUCGAGCGGGUGCUGGAGGCGGCCGAGCGGCCAAGGCCGGCGCCGUCGCGGCAGCGGCCCCCCUGCUCAUGGGGCGGCGGGGGCUGA